GUUAAAACUGAAGAUCUCUAUUUGAAGAUUUAGAUCAAACGAAGAGAAAGAUGAAAGGAAAUAAUUCGAGAACAGGAUUCAACGACUUGUCUUAAGAUUAAAACGGGAGAUUAAAAAUUAAACACCAUACCUGCAGGUUGUUAUCUUAAGAUGUAUAAUUAAAUCCAGCUGGUGGCAAAACACUCCAAGAUUGUCAUAGCGAUUUCCGAAUUUGGCUUAAGAUAAGAAGCCGGUGGAGAACAGGAUUCAACGACUUGUCUUAUUUUUUUUUUCUUCUUCUAUUUACUAUAAAGCGGUCUUCCCAUUUGCAUGGCAUUAUCAAGCUAGCAAGCUAGAACUUCUCGCUUUUGGGGGUCUUCUCUGAUGGCAAGCAAUUUCUCAUUUUCAUGUUUCCUCCUCAUCAGCCUCACCUGCAGUCUGUUUAUUGGCUGCCAUUGCUCAUCCGAUGAAGACAAGAAGGCACUGUGUUUUAUCUCACCAUCCUUUCUGUUAUUUUAUUUCUGUCACAACCUUUUUUUUUUUCCAUAUAAUUUCAUUACUAAAGGCCAUUUUACUGAAAGCAGGUUUAUAUUGUGUAUAUGGGUGACCGCCCAAAGAGUGAUAUUUCUGUAUCAGCUCUUCACAUCACCAGGCUACAAAACGUCGUGGGCAGUGGUGCAUCAGAUUCUUUGCUCUAUAGCUACCAUAGGAGCUUCAAUGGUUUUGUUGCUAAAUUGACCAAAGAGGAGAAAGAGAAAAUGGCUGGCUUGGACGGUGUAGUGUCUGUGUUUCCUAGUCAGAAGAAAAAACUUCACACGACAAGAUCAUGGGACUUCAUGGGCUUCCCCAAGAAUGUUACAAGAGCAACUUCUGAAAGCGACAUCAUUGUGGCAAUGCUUGACACAGGGAUUUGGCCCGAGUCUGAAAGUUUUAAUGACGAAGGAUAUGGUCCGCCUCCAAGCAAAUGGAAGGGCACUUGCCAGGCAUCCUCCAAUUUCACUUGCAACAAUAAGAUAAUUGGAGCUCGAUACUACCAUAGCGAAGGAAAAGUAGAACCAGGAGACUUUGCCUCCCCAAGAGAUUCAGAAGGCCAUGGGACUCACACUGCUUCAACAGCAGCAGGAAGAUUGGUUAGUGAGGCAAGCCAACUAGGCCUUGCUACAGGAACAGCACGAGGAGGGGUUCCCUCUGCCCGUAUUGCUGUGUACAAGAUAUGUUGGUCUGAUGGCUGCUCAGAUGCCGACAUUCUUGCAGCUUUUGACGAUGCUAUUGCAGAUGGAGUUGAUAUAAUCUCCCUCUCAGUUGGAGGGUGGCCCAUGGACUAUUUUGAGGAUUCAAUUGCUAUUGGAGCUUUCCAUUCAAUGAAAAAUGGAAUACUCACAUCAAACUCUGCUGGUAACUCAGGUCCUGAUCCUGAAUCAAUUUCAAAUUGUUCACCUUGGUCUCUGUCUGUGGCUGCUAGCACCAUGGAUCGAAAGUUUGUGACACCGGUGAUGUUAGGCAAUGGAGCCAUUUAUGAGGGAAUCUCCAUAAAUACUUUUGAGCCUGGAAAUAUUAUGCCCCCUUUCAUUUACGGUGGAGAUGCUCCAAACAAGACAGCAGGAUACAACGGGUCAGAAUCCAGGUAUUGCCCCCUGGACUCGUUGAACAGCACUGUGGUGGAAGGGAAAGUCGUUCUUUGUGAUCAGAUCAGUGGAGGGGAGGAGGCAAGAGCCAGUCAUGCAGUUGGAUCAAUAAUGAAUGGUGACGAUUAUUCGGAUGUGGCCUUCAGUUUUCCUUUACCAGUUUCGUAUUUGAGCUCAAGUGAUGGAGCUGAUCUUUUGAAGUACUUAAACUCAACUAGUGAACCAACCGCAACUAUAAUGAAGAGCAUUGAAAUAAAGGAUGAAACUGCCCCAUUUGUGGUUUCGUUUUCUUCACGAGGGCCUAAUCCGAUAACAAGUGACCUUCUCAAGCCCGACCUGACUGCCCCAGGAGUGCACAUUUUGGCAGCAUGGUCUGAAGCAACCACUGUAACAGGAAGCCCAGGGGAUACAAGAGUGGUUAAAUACAACAUAAUUUCCGGAACAUCUAUGUCUUGUCCACAUGCAUCCGGCGCAGCUGCUUAUGUCAAGGCAUUUAACCCAUCAUGGUCUCCUGCUGCCAUUAAGUCUGCCCUAAUGACAACUGCCUCUUCCAUGAGUUCUAGCAUUAACAAUGAUGCGGAGUUCGCUUAUGGAUCAGGCCAUAUAAAUCCUGCAAAGGCUAUUGAUCCUGGUCUAGUAUAUGAUGCUGGAGAGAUUGAUUAUGUUAGAUUCUUGUGUGGACAAGGAUAUAAUGCUACACAACUUCUACUAAUUACCGGAGAUAAUAGCACAUGUUCUGCAGAAACAAAUGGAACUGUGUGGGAUCUAAACUACCCAUCUUUCGCUCUGUCUGCCAAAUCCGGGAAAACUAUUACUCGAGUCUUCCAUAGAACUGUCACAAAUGUUGGAUCAGCAACAUCUACUUACAAGUCAAUCACGAACGCUCCAAGUGGACUUAAUAUCCAAAUUGAACCAGAUGUCCUUUCCUUCCAGUCUCUUGGGCAACAACUUUCCUUUUGUGUCACGGUUGAAGCUACGUUGGGUAAAACUGUACUGUCUGGAUCUUUGGUUUGGGAAGAUGGGGUGCAUCAAGUAAGAAGCCCAGUUGUGGCUAAUCCUUCUCAUUAAAAUCUAGAAAUUUACUUUCUUCCAACUAACUAAAGAAAUAAACCUGAUGACUGUUGUUUCAAAUGCAUAAUAAUUCUGUUCCGCAGACAGAUUACUUUGUAAUGUUUUUCUCUUACCUUGAGAUAAAGUUCAAUCUACUUACAUGGUAAUUAAGUUCUUGUGGAUCAAAUCUAUUAAUACAGGGAUUGCAAGCCUUGCAAUUUUACAUUUUGCAAAUCAA